AUGCCUAUCCAAAGAUUAUCCAAGGCCGCCAGAAUCAUACUGGUCGGCGCGCCUGGAGUCGGCAAGGGUACCCAGACCGAGCGCUUGAUGAACAAAUUCACUGAGCUGUCGGCCAUCAGCUCCGGCGACCUGCUGAGGAAAAAUGUUCGGGAGCGGACCCCCCUUGGCAUACAAGCCGAACACACAAUGAAAUCUGGCAAAUUAGUACCCGACGCCAUGAUCUUGCGCCUUAUCGUCAACGAGCUCACGACCCGCGGGUGGAUACGAGACAAUGCCCUGCGCCCAUAUGCGCUCAACUUUAGCUCCACAGAUAUGCCAGAGACUACGGUAGAUGCAGUCAUGAUUCCCUCGGCGGUACGGGCUCCGCGAUACACCUUCUCCAACAGGCCAUCUGCCUCAUUCAUACUCGACGGCUUUCCAAGAACCGCUGUUCAGGCGAUACAGCUCGACAACAUCGUGCCCAUCAACAUGGUGGUCAACCUCAACACUCCGAGUGAUAUCAUCAUUGAUCGCAUAUGUAACCGCUGGGUACACGAGGCCUCGGGACGUGUCUACAACACUACAUUCAAUGCGCCCAAGGUUGACGGUAAGGAUGAUAUCACGGGUGAGCCACUCACUCGGAGGGCGGACGACGACCCAGAGGUAUGGAAGGCGCGGUUGAAGAGUUUUAAAGAGAACAACGAGCCUCUGCUUGAGCAUUAUGACAAGCUGGGUGUGCUUUGGACGUGCACUCACUAUACACUAUUAAUCAUUUGUUCAAAUCACUGUCACUGCACAAUGGCCAUCGUGGAGGAAUCUCACCCGCUUCACAAGAGCGCGGAGGACUUUGAAGCCAUGCAUGAGGGCGUGAGGCAUCAUGCGCCCGCCCUGGACAAAGGCGCUAAUGCCGGGUCGUCAACCGACGUCACCGACAACACUCCGAGCUUAACACGACCCCAGCCAGCCAGCCCGCAACACCAGUUCGACGACAUACUUGACGACCCCGAAUACGAUCACAUAAGCGAUAUUGUGGAGCUCAGAAAGAACCACCUAGUCUACCACCGCGACCCCGGGGCUAUCCGCAGACACGCAAUGGCGGCCGACUUCAGCGAAGGGCGCCUAGAGACAUUCGUCGGCAGCCCGCAGAAAGAGUUGGCAGGCACCCAGAACCAAUAUGUCUCGUACCAGGUAACCACAAAGUCCGACUUCCAGUCCUUCCAGAAACCCGAAUUCUCCGUACGUCGCCGCUUCACAGACUUCGUCUUCCUCUGGAAACAGCUCUCCAAAGAGUAUCCGCAAUGCGCCGUCCCGCCGCUGCCCGACAAGCACAAGAUGGAGUAUGUGCGUGGAGACCGCUUCGGCCCGGACUUUACACAGAGACGAGCUCACUCAUUGCACCGCUUCCUCAAGCGGAUAGCGCUGCACCCGGUGCUACGAAGGGCAGCCCUUGUCAUCAACUUCCUGGAGAGUUCCGAUUGGAAUCAGCAUAUGAAGGGAAGGUCGUCAAGAGCUGCGAGCGGGUCUGAACAAGGUAGCGGCGGCUUCGUAGACGCCAUCGCAGACACCUUUGUCAACACCUUUACCAAGAUACACAAGCCGGAUCAGCGCUUUAUCGAGGUCAGCGAGCGAGCUAACAAGCUCAGCGAGGAUCUGAACAACGUUGAGAAGGUCACCGUCAAGGUGGCCAGGCGACAGGGCGACCUGGAGACGGAUUACGCCGAUCUGGCCACACAGUGCCAGAAGCUGACGACCAUGGAACCUGCAGUCGAAGGCAAUUUGACAUCCUUUGCUGCGUCUGUCAAUACCACGUCACAGGGGUUCAAGUCCAUCCGAGACCAUACAGACCAAAACUACCUGACUAGUCUACGCGAUAUGGACGCCUACAUCCAGGCUGUCAAGACACUGCUCCGCACGCGAGAGGGCAAACAACUCGAUUUCGAACAACUGAGCGAGUACCUGGCCAAAUCAGCCGCAGAUCGAGAUUCCUUGGCCAGCGCGACAGGAGCCGGUAUGGGCGCAUCUGGCUUCCUACGAUCCAAAGUGGAAGACUUUCGGGGCAUCGAUCACGACCAAGCAAGGCGGCAACGCGUUCGCAAGCUCGAGGUUGAGAUUGAGCGGCUGACGGGCGAGGUCGAGAUGUCUAAGAAGGCUAGUGAGGCGUUUGAUGAGCAUACUGUCAAAGAGGUGUCGGACUUUGAACGCAUCAAAGCGAUCGAGUUUAAAGAUACACUGGGAGAUUUGGCGGAUGCGCAUGUCGAGUUCUUUCAGGGGACUAUUGAGACGUGGGAGAAGUUUUUGGAGGAUAUGCGCAAGGAGGAGGAUCAGAGGAAGGCGGUGCAGGUGUCGUAG